AAACACUAAAAACAAAAGAACGAACUAACAAAAGGCAAAAACAAAACAGCUACAACAAACAAACAAAACCAAAAACCGAACGACCAAGAUGCCGGGCAAGGAGAAGGACGACAAGCCCCCGCCCGCCAUGGGCCCGGGCUCCAAGAUCAAAGGUCUCAUCGACGCGCUCCGCAAGCACCUGAUCGUGACGGAGGACAAGAAGAAGCGCCAGCUGCUCAUCGACUUCACCUCGGUGGGCUUCAAGACGCUGCCCGUGGAGAUCCCGAAGAACGAGGAAGUGUGCGACCUGGCCACGCGCUUCCUGCUGCAGUUCAACAAGCUGAAGAAGCUGCCCGGGAACAUCUCCGAGCUCAGGUUCCUGCGCUACGUAGACAUGCGCAGCAACCAGAUGUCCUCCAUCCCGGCCUCUUUCUUCAAGAUCGAGACCCUGGAGUAU